ACGUUAAGUUGUCCCUCUCCCUCGCAUAGCCUUCCAUUUCCUUUAUUCUCCCGCCAUUUCAUUCUCCGUCUAAUUCGAAUCGUCCCGCGCUCUUCUUCCACGCCGGACGACGACGCAGCCGCAACAGUAGAAGAUACGUCACCACUAUGCGCAGCCUAUUAAAAUACGCACAUCCGCCCAUUUUAGUCCACUCGCCAAAGACAACCUCAUCUGAUGAGGAUUCCCAUUUAUGAAUAGAGAACAAGCUUGCAUGGUGUAACAACCACAACCACAACGACGACGACAACGAGAACAAAAUGGGCGAUGCGAAAAGAUGGGCCGUAACCUACACCAGGCACCUUAAGCAGAAAAGGAAAGUCUACCAGGACGGCGCAAUAGAGCUCCAUGUCACAUGCGGCAAGCUUAUGCUUUACGACGAUUUGGGGAAACUCUUAGAGAGCAGGUUCUUGAAUAAGGAUGAGGUGGUUGAAUCUGGAGGAACAUUGGAGUUUGAUAAUCAUCUUGUUGACAUUGGAGAAACUGAACGAAACUAUAAGCCUUUAACAGAUUUAAAUGCUCAAGGAAGAGAUAGGAAAUCAGUUGAUAAGGCCGGGGUGCUAGGACAGGAGGCUAGGAGCAGAUCUUCUAUUGAGAGCAAAACGAUGGUAUCGCAAAACAUUGGAGCAUCACAGAAUCACCCAAAUGUGACACAUAACACUAUUAGAGUGCACAAAAAGGGCGAAUUGCAUAGUUUUGGAGCAACUCAGACCACUGUAAGAGGGAACAAACAGACCAAAUUGCAAAACAGUGGAGUGCUGCAGAAUCAUCCAAAUGCUACACAGACAACUGUACGAGAAUGGCAUUCCUUGUACACCACGCAAAUAACUCAAAAGGCCAAGAAGUAUCACGAUGGCAUCCUGCGACUCUCGUUCUGUGGUUCACAUGGGAAACAGGUUUUUCUUUAUGAUGACUGUGGGAAACUCUUAGACAGCAGGUUUCUGAAGAAAGAUGAGAUGGUUGAAUCCGGACUAACACUGGCAUUCGUGGCUCAUCUUGUUGAAAUUGGAGAACCUAAGGAACUUUGUAAGCCUUUAAAGGAUGUAGAUCCUCAAGUAAGAGAGUCCAAAACAAUUGAAAAGAAUGGGAUGGAAGGACAAAAGGCAAGAAACAGUUUUUCUGCUGAGAACAAAAGGAUUGAAUUGCAACAACGCAUUGUCUCAUCACAGAGUUGUCCGGAUGCAACGCAGAACCAUAUUCUUAUUAAUUGUACAAAGACUUCUUGCAAUUCUGAGCACAAAAAUGAAUUACAGAACUAUGGAGCACCAAACAGUCAUCUGAACAUAACGGACACCAGUGUAAAAGAAUGGCAUGCCUUGUACACCACACAAAUUACUCAGAAGGCCAAGAAAUAUCAUGAUGGCAUCCUGCAACUUUCAUGUUGUGGUUCCCAUGGAAAACAGGUUAUUUUGUUAAGUGGAGAUGGAAAUAUCCUGAGCAGUAAAUACAUCAUAUCAUCUGAACAUGUGCGAACUGGAAGUACAUAUGAGUUACCAAGUUAUCUGGUUGACAUUGGCGAGCCACGGACUUCUCGGGGAGGAAACCUCAAAAAUGAUACUUCUUCGGGGCCAGUUGAGGGUUCAAAUUCUAGCAGCUCAAAUUUCCGCAAGUUCACCAGUGGUGGGAAGGCUCCUAGAAACAAGCUGUUACGUGAUGCCUGCCAGAUCCUGUCCAUUCUUAAAAAACCAAUUGCUCAAGAGAGUCUUUGCCCCAGAAAAUUGCGAAUGGAGCAGGCCUAUCCUUCCCAAUCUUCAGAUUUGCUUCAAUCUAGUCUUCAGGGUACGCUUCCAGGACACAAAUCGCCAGGGAUAAAAGAUCCAAAGAGAAAUGCAGAAGACAACCGUGGGGAUGAUUUUCAAAAUAAUGAAGAAGAAAGUACUACUAAAAUGAGGAGUGAUCUCUUGCAAUUCAGAGCUGCUCAGGUGAUCCUAUCUUCGGACUUUACCAACUUGAUGGAUCCUGAAUAUAGAGAGGAACUACCGCCAGAUAGUUGUUCUGCUUCAUCCAAUGCAUUUCCUGGUGCAGCAGCAUCAGGCAUUUCAAAAACCAAAUUAGAUGGGGAGUAUAUUGACAAAAGCACCACUCACCAAGAUAUGCCUAUCGACUCAUCUCAGGUUUCAGUUAUUAUUACUUGUGAUUCACCUGAAGAUGAUCAAAUACAUCGCAUGAAACCAUCUACGACACCAAACAGUAUAGGGAAUAGCGCCUCUAGAGAACUACCUGAUUGCUCCAAUGAGAAUGUGCAAGUCCAGAAAAAUCUUGGAUUAACUAGCUCAGAAAGCAAGCAUCACCUCAAUGAUGAAAGUAUUAGUGCUGAUUCAAGUAGUGAGAUUCCUGAAUCCUGUGGCGGUGCAGUGCAGAUUAUCGAGGAUGUGAAAGAUGAAAUCCCCAACCAGGUUUGCGUGGGCAAUAUGGAGCCAGACUAUCAGAGAUUGGAUGAAGCUUCGUUCCUUUCAGGUUCCUCAUUGAGUUUUAGUGGCCCAUCCACUCACGAUGCAACCAAUACAGAAAAGGAGAGAUCUGAGGAGUUCAAGACCUUAUCUGAGAAAAGCAUGGACAUGGAUGACUUCCCAAGUUUUGAUCUGGGAAUAUGAACAUGGGGCCCAGCUUCAGAGCUGAUGUCAUGCCUUUGUUGUAUGGCUAAGGUGGAAAGGAGCAUAUUGGUCACACUAAAGAAAGGCCAUUUGUGGAGCUGGGAAUACUUUUCUAUGAUGUUUAGCUAAGACAUAUCUUUGCUUGCA